ACAAAAGGUAAUAGAACCGAGACGCCUAUCGGUCGCGUCAGUCAAAGCUGCGCGCCUUAUUGGUUAGCCACCUUGCUGGGGCAGCAGACUUUUAUUCUACACGUCUUUUCUUUUUACGGAAGUGUGGAGGGCGUGCGGUGCGGUGAUUAACUCAUCGUUUACUGGAAGGCUGUCGGUAGGGGCCGAGUGGGCGCGCACCGCUGUUCAUUACACGGGCGGUGAGACGAUAGAAGGCGGCGAGAUAUCACGCAUGCGCGGUACGUGACCUCAUGCGACUUUAACCGUUUGGGCUCUGGCGGAGGCCGCACAAUGGAGUCGGACGGGUGGGUUAGUAGGAUUCGCGGAAGGAAGGUUUCGUGCGAGCGUUGGUUCUGAGGUACUAAAUAAUAAUGAUCAUGUAGUUUCCUGCAUUUUACUUGUGUGUAUUGAUUGCUCUCUUCUCGGCUACCUUCAAGGAAAUCAGUUUUAGAAUCGUGGAUAUUGAAGAAAUUGUAAAGUCCCUUUCAAAAGCUCUUCACCCCCAUUGUGUACGCUGCCAAUCAUGGCACUCCAGCCAGAGAAGAGAAAAGUGCGGGCUCUAAGCCUUGCAGGCAUUGCCCAAAUAUCUAAUGACAUUUCCAGGAAGUUCCUCGAUCGCAGUGACCUGUCCAGGCUUUCUCGCAUUGAUAUGAAUUCUCCAAAAGACUACGCUCAGGUUCUGAAAGCUCUGGAUAAUUUCUUUGUCUCGGACCCUAAUGGCAAAAUCAAACUGGUGUUUGUCGAAGAUAAAGUUAUAGUGAAAAACAUUUUUAUAAUGUCCUCUGCAAUGCAAGAACGGGCCCAGAAAUACCCCGAACAUCUCUACGUGGAUCUCUUAAAGAAUGUUAGCCCUGGCUUUAACCUGUACAGUGUUUCCUGUGAAGAUGAGAACUCUGAGUGGAAGAUAUGUGCCAGCUGUAUAUCACAGUCAAAUAACCCCGAUAUAUUAAGAUUUCUCAUUGUUUCUGUUCUGCAAAGCAUACCAAAAAUGAAGGCUCAAAUCAAAUACAUAACCGUACAUCCAGGUAUAACAGAUUCUCUUGACAUGGGUACUCUGUUACCGAACGCAACUAUAAGGCUUUGCUAUUUGUUAGUUUUGCAAAUAUUGGAGAAUAAACUGUCUGAACUGCAGUGUGCUACCCAGACACAAAUCAAAACUGUCUUGCAUAUCCUCCUGCACACUCGCUCCUUAAAGGUCUACAACCGUUGUCUAAAUGAGUUCAAGAACGUAUGUCCUGCAGAAGUGUAUCAGUACUACUAUGAAACAUGGCACCCGAGCCGAAAAUUGUGGUGCACAAAGGAUAACAAAAGGCUUAAAGCUGAGAAAGCCAUCUAUUCCUAUGUUACGUCUCUGCAUUAUACCCUUGCGACAGAAAUGGGCAGCUCGUUGUCACUGAAUAAUUGCCUUUGUGUGGUUUUCAAUGAAAAUCGUGAAUUAAAGAGUGUUCCAGAAAGUUUACCUCCAGUGAAUCUGCUUCCUGUGCCUGAACCUCCCCCGGCUGUUCCUGAGAAGCCAACUGAAGAAAUCGCAAAGACAAAUGGACUGGAAGACAUGACGUUCUCCAGCUGGGAGGAAUUCCAAUCAUUUCUUAUCUCCUGGUGUGAAGAACAGAAGAUUAUUUUUGUAAUCCGCAGUUCAGUGCCACUUACCAAUGAAGAUAUGAGCCAAGACUUGAUCCAGUCUUUAAAGUACAGUACUGUGAACCUUGGAUGCAGCAGCUACACAAGGAAACGCUGUCCGGCAACAAUUCAUCUAAAAUUGGGCCCAGACAAAGACAAGCUCAUUAUUGCAAAGGCCGACCUCAAUCACAUUCAUGACUCUGAGAUUGACCUACCAUCUCGUUUCACCAGAAAACCGUCGUUAUUCGUUGAAUUCCCCAUUGGAAAAGCAGCCGACAUUUCCGAUAAAUUCAUGGACCGAAAUGAGUUGACAAAACUCCUCCGUUUACACUUCCCAUUCGGCGGGGAGUCUCAACUCCUGGACGAACUGGAAUCCCUUUUUAACUCUGACCCUUCCGCAAAAGUGAAAUUGAUUUAUACCGAAGAUAAGUUUAUCGUCAAGAACAUCUUUUUAAUGACCAGUGCCAUGCAGAAUUUGCUGCAGCAUUUUCCUGAAACUAUGUAUGUUGAUCACAUCCCUGCCUUAAACCAGGAAUUUGAUUUGUAUUCUCUCCUUUGUCAAGAUGAAAGUUUCAGCUGGCGGGUUUGUGCCCAUUGCAUCGGAAGGAAGGAGACUUCAGAAACAUUGCGGUUUCUUAUACAAACUGUCCUGCAAGUGUGUCCCAAUAUAAGCACCCAAGUGAAGUAUUUCACAGUCAGUCCCGAAAUACGGAAUCCUUUAGACAUACAGGCCCUGCUUCCCAAUGCCUUGGUGAGGUAUUGCUCACUGUUAGUCUUUGACAGUAUGCAUAACAGCAUCUCUUUUCUAAGCCAGAUGGAGCAGUCGCAGAUUAAGAACCUAUUAGUUAGCCUCUCCAAGGCUCCGUCAACUGACGUCUACACCGAAUACCUGGCGGAUUUAAAGGCAGCAUGUCCGGAUGAAGUUUUCCAGUACUAUUUUGACACUUGGCAUCCACAUUGGAAAUUAUGGUGUGAAAAGGAUAAUAGGACGAGUGAUUUGGAUAGCUCCAUUUUUGCAUAUGUCGAGGCAAAACAUAACGAACUGAAAGCACAUUUGGGAUCACUGCCUUCUUUAUAUCAGUGCCUACAGGCUAUCCUAUCAGAAGAUCAGCAGGAACCUGUCGAGUCAUCAGAAUUGAAUCAUGUGGAGGAUUUAGACAAAAGCACAUCUGAUUUGAAAUCACAGACUUCCAUGGAAGAAUCAAUCACUCCACUGGAGGAAAAUACUGCUCCUACUGUAGAUCAGAGUCCUGAAGAAACUGAAGGAGAUUCGGAUCAAGUGCAUGGGAAAGAAUUUCAGAGCUGGGAUGAUUUUAGCUGUUACUUGGAAAAAUGGAGCAAAGAGAAAUUUCUGGUGCGCUUAUCUUCUGCCACUUUCAGUGAGGAGACAGAUGGUGACAAAGGUGUCAGUCCACAGGCAGCACUGUCCUUAAAGUACAGCUGGGUACAACUUUACUGCAGUUGGAAGGAAUGUCCAGCUUUUAUUGAGCUGACACUGGGACCCGAGAAAGACAAGCUUAUUAUCACCCAGAGCAACUCCAGUCAUGUCCAUGAAGCAGAAGAAACAACCCAACCUCCUCCUGCUAAGAAAUGCAAGCUGUCAUCCGCCGUGGGGCUACCAGCACAGGUUGCAAACAACAUCUCCAGAAAGUUUCUAGAGCCAAGUGAUUUGAAAAGGCUUCUGCGGUUUCGCUCUGGAGCAUUUGAAGAUCGCACGCAAGUUCUGGCAGAACUGGACUCACUCUUUAUCUCCGACCCUGACGCAAAAGUGAAGUUGGUGUUUGUGGAAGACAAAUUGCUUGUGCAGAAAAUAUUUCUCAUGACUUCUACACUGAAAGAAAUCGCUUCUAAAUUCCCCGAAAACAUUUUUAUUGACCUUUUCUCAGACUUUAGUCAGAGUUUUGACCUGUACACCAUUUAUUGUGAAGAAAAGGGAGUAGGUUGGAAGGUGUGUGCUUACUGUAUUGCAAAGAAAGGAGUACCAGGUACAUUGGACUUUCUUUUAAGUUCAGUUGUCCAGAUUAACCCCACACUAAGCAACCAGACCAAACACUUAACCGUAAACCCAGAAAUUCACGAACCUGUCAAUCUAGAAACCCAUUUGCCACAUUCAUCUUUAAGGUACUGCAUGCAUUUAGUUCUGGAUAUUCUGUAUCGCAAAAUCGCCAACCUUGAUAACACCGUAGCAGCCCAGAUUAAGAAUUACCUUCAUAUCCUUUCUCAAACGUGUUCCUUGAAAGUUUACAACCGAUAUUUAACUGAUCUGAAGGCCAUUUGCCCUGCAGAGAUAUACCAGUACUUUUACGAUACCUGGCACCCACGGCGUAAAAUGUGGGUCAAAAAAGAUAACCGGAUCGAAGAGGGAGAGAAAAAUAUGUUUGAACUAGUAUUACAGAAGCAUGAGAAUCUUAAGCAGGUGCUUGGCUCCUACCCGUCUUUGCAUCAGUGCCUCUGCGCAAUUCUUGGUGACGGCUACAAGAAAUCAGACCAAUCGCAUCUUCAGGAACUCCAUUCAUAUUGUGAAAAUGAAGAAUCUCCAUCAUCGAAUGAACAGGAUGGAGAUCAACAGAUGAUGGAAGAGGAGGCUGAAAUGAUUGACUCUAAAGCAGACUCAGAAAUGAUCAUCUCUGAAGCCGAUCCAACUAAAGACAAGGAGGCAAACACAGAAAACCAUAAGACUGGGCUGGGCAGGAAUGAAUUUUACAGCUGGGACGAUUUCUGUUCCUUCCUGGAUCGCUGGUGUGAGGAAAAGAAAACCAUGUUUGCAGUUCGUCAUUCUGUGUUCCUUCAGAAAAGUGAGAUUGUAAAAUUUCCACAUGGGCCAGAGGUGGCAAAGUCUUUAAGAUACAGCACAGUGAUUUUGGGAUGUAGAAGCUGCCCAAGGAAUAAAUGUACUGCAAUGAUUGAAUUAAAGCUUAGCCCACGCAUGGACAGGCUGAUUGUUUCUUCAAGUAACCUUUGCCACACCCAUGACUUGCCAAACCCCACAACCCAUAGCACAUCAAAGGACCAACUGCAAGCCAUCCAAGAGUGCCAGCUAGCUAUGAUCACAGAUGAUAUUGCUAAGAAGUUUUUGGAAUGUAGUGAUGUCAAGAGACUUCUCCCCUUUUAUCCUGAUUCAUUGUCAGAUCAUAAUAAAGUUUUGGGUGAAUUAAAUGCAUUCCUGAAUGCAGACACUGGUGCAAAAAUUAAGUUGGUUUUUAAUGAAAAGGGAGAUGUGGUGAAGAGUAUUUUUAUAAUGACAUCCUACAUGCAAGACCUGGCACAGAGAUUUCCUGAUCACAUAUUUGUGGACCGUCUGCCCCUGAGUGGUGGGACCAUUGGCUUGUAUACUUUGUUUUGUGAACGAGACAACAAAAAGUGGACAACAUGUGCAUACUGCAUUACACAAGAAGAUUCCUCAGAUACAUUCCAGUCUAUCCUAUUAUCUUUUGUGCAGAGCAUGGCUUCCCUUCAAAUGCUAUUAAAGCUAAUAACAGUGAGUCCAGGAAUCCAAGGUUGCUUGAACGUUGAAUCAGUAUUACCAAAUGCAGUAGCAAGAUAUUGUAGGAUGAUGGUCAUGGACAUUCUCUUUGAACAGUGCUCUCAUCUAGAUUUUGUAUUGCAAGCACAGAUCAAAAGUUCAAUCCAGAUGUUAGCUCAGACCAGUUCUCCUAAUCUCUACAGUCAACACCUAUUUGAGCUUGCAGCAGCUAGCCCUCCGACAGUUUUCCAGUGUUAUUAUAACAACUGGCACCAACGCAGGAAGCUCUGGGCAAGCGAUUCCGUGGCAGAAUCCCACAUGUAUUCCUGUGUGAAGGCCAAACAGCAAGAGCUAACUUCAAAACUGAGUAAUCCUUCAUCUUUGUGCCAAUGCCUUCAAGUCGUUCUUGAUGAUUGUCAGUUGACUCAUGUUACCAGAGAAGCUUGCAUCGAUGAAGCUAAAACUGUGGAGCAAAGUAUUAAUAUCAGAGAAAAUUCCUAUCUGCCAUCUUCCAUGGUGUGUUCUGCCAUCAACACUGAGGGAAAAGACAUGGAUUAUGACCUCGUUGGGAAGAAAUUUACAUCUUGGAAUCAGUUUUGUGAAUAUUUUGACCUCCUAUGUGAAAAGAAAAAAACAUGUUAUAAAGUUAGCAGUGCAAUUUACUUUGAAAACACAGAUAAGAGGGCUGAGAUCUACAAAUUUCAAAAUAUUCGACUUGGAUGUUGGCCAUUGCCAGAUGCGAUGGAAAAAGACACAGACACGCAAAGUAAUACAGAAUGCAGCCAUUUGUCUUGUCCAGCUUCUCUGUUUUUACAAUUUUGUAAUGAAGAAAACUGCCUGGUGGUGAUGGACGCACAAAUGGAUCACAAUCACAAUACAGACAUCCAAAGAUUUGCAGAGUUUUUCAACCUCUGCAGCCUUUCCUCCUACACGCGCUUCUUAGCCCUGGCCAGUAACUUGGCUCAGAAAUUCAUUACUCUGCAGGACUUAAAGGAUUUGUUAACCUGGAAGAAAAUACUAGAGAGUUCAAUUUUGGAUCUUCUUCACUCACUAAGGACACUUUUGUAUAAGGAUCCGUUGGCCAAAGUGAUUGUACGAUUUACACCAGAUGUUAUGGAAAUAAAUGAGGUGUUUUUUAUGACUUCCCAAAUGGGUUCCUUAUUACAGAAAUCUCCACCUGUCAUCUUUAUUUCCAAGCCCUUGAUUUUUACUGAUAACUAUGAACUAUAUACAGCAAUGUGCGAGGAUAAUGAGAACAUGAGUAGAGUUUGUGCCUAUUUUUGCACCCAAAAAGGGAAUCCAGCCCCAUUCUGUAGCAUGGUACAGUCUAUUCUUCAGAGCAUUCCCGAGAUGAAGAUAAAUUCUAUGCUGCUGCAAUCAGAUAUUAAAGAGAUGAAUUCAGUGCGUGAUAUUGUACCUUCUUGCUCUGUGCAUAUUAGUCCAGCAUAUGUGCUUGAGGUUCUACAUCAACAUUUGAAAGAAGACGAUCCUUCAAAUGAGGAGAAGGUAAAAGGCUUGCUGUGUAAUUUAAUCAAAAGUAACUCCUCUGAACUUUACUCCACCUACUUUACAGAUCUUAAAAAAUUGUCUUCAGAUAAUUUUCUUCAAUACUUUCUCCAAAACUGGAACUGUUGCAAGGAAGACUGGUGUCAUGCCAUGAAAGAAGAUCAUUUCCUAGAGUGUGCAUCCAGGCAGGAAGAUGAGGUGAAGCCCAUAGUGAUCAGUAAAGUUUCACUGGGAGCUUUCAUCCAAGCUGUUGUAAAGGUGGUAGGGAACAGUGAUGACUAUGCGGCUGUUGAAGAUGAUGAUUAUAAAAACUAUGAUGAAGGACCUGUGCUAAUGGAAAUUUCAGAUGCUUAUGCUGAAAAGCUAACCGUUAAGUCUUCUGAUCUCAAUGGCAUGAUUUUCGAAAGCUGGAAUGAGUUCAGUGAGUUUUUUGAUUCCUGGUGUGAAGAAACAAAAACCCUGUUUAAGAUAACAAGUGUUAUUCACUUGGAAAAUGUGUCAGAGGAUGAUGCGAAGCGCCUGAGAUACCAGCUGGUUCAGUUCUUGUGCAAGGGAACUGGUGGAUGGCCUCAACAGAGAGAUACUUUAAGCACAGCCCAUUCAUCUUGCCCUGUUUUCCUUACUGUGAAGCAUAUGGCAGAGAAGAAUUGCCUAGUGACUAGCCAUUCACAGCAUGUGCAUAAUCAUACAAUUGAUCCAGAAGAAUUUAGUGCUUGCUUCAAGUACUGUCGACUCUCAUCAUGGCCCCGGUUUGCGUCACUGACAAGCAGUUUUGGAAACGGUUUUGUCACUCAACAGCAUCUUAAGGAUAUCCUGAACUGGAGUAUGUUCCUGGAGAAUGAUACUCAGGAUCUACUCAAAGAACUUGACUUUUUGUUCUUAGAAGAUCCCAAAGUUAAGCUGAAGUUAUCAUUUUGUUCAGAAACGCUGUCCCUGGAGAGCGUGUUUAUCAUGGUAUCACAUUCACAACAUUUACUGGAAGCAUUCUCGUCCCUUCUCUUUUUGGGCCAGUCGCUAACUCUUAAUGAGAAGUUUGACCUGUACACAGUGCUAUGUGAAGAUGACAGCAGUAAUGGCAGAGAAGUUGCAUACUUGAUCACAAGGAAAGAAUGUGCAGCUCCCGUCGUGUCUAUUGUGAUUUCUCUCAUGCAAAGCAUUCCUCAAAUAAAAGAAAGACUUGAAGGUAUGGUACUCCAGACAGAUCUGACCCAGCUUGAUUUUAUUCAGGAUCUUCUACCUUCCUGCUGUGUGCGUAUGAGCCAAACACAUGCUCUAGAUACAUUAUGCUACCAGAUGAGGAUGGAAGACCCAGCCACAGAAGAGGAGCUAAAGCAAAUAAUUUAUAAUUUAGUUCAUUCCCAAACAUCCAUGCUUUACAACAUAUACUUUAAAGAGUUGGAAAGGACGGCUACUGAACAUUUUUUCCAGUACUUUCUCAAUACAUGGCACAUACGUAAGGAGGAUUGGGUUGAAAGCUGGGGCCACAGGAUGAAGGAUGGGAAUUUCAUUGAGUUUACAGCCUGGCAUGCAAAUGAGCUACGUUCAAUGUUAAGCUUUCCUAGUUCGCUGGCAUCAUGCACUGCAGUCUUGCUAGAAAUGAUACGGACUUCUAGGGAAUAUACAGCACAGACCUACAGCCCCCCUGAUAUUGGUAAUAAAGAGAUGUCUGAAAGUCACAUGAAUGGGAUUAAUAACAGUUUCUCACAAAGCUCUGAAAGUUCCAAACUGUCAACAUCUAUUUUAGAAGACAUCUCAAAUUCCAUCCUCAGAGAUGAGAAACCAGCAAACCUGAACAUUGUAGAAGGAAAGAAAUUCUCAAGCUGGAUGGAGUUUCGAACUUUUUUUGACCGAUGGUGUGAAAGAAACAUGUAUCUGUUUAAGAUAAGAUGUUACAGGCCAUUGUCCAGAGCAGACUCAACUACUGGCAAAAUGAUGGCAGUGCUAAAAUACAGCUUUAUACAUCUGGUGUGCAAGUAUUCCAUUAUAACCCAGUGUUCAGGAAGGGACUACCCUGGAGAGCUGCCAGCCCUCUGCCAAGCAAAUAUCAUAGUUGAAGCUGGACCACAAAAUAACUGUCUGAUAGUGACACACGCUCAACUGGAUCACAAUCAUGGAAUAGCAGAAGAUGAAUUUGAAAGUUUAUUUCCUAGGUUUAUGCUAAGAGCAAAGCCUUUUCUCUUCUUGGAAAUGACUAAAGCCAUCUCCAAACAGUUUCUUUUGUUCAAGGACUUGCAGGAUCUAGUGUGUCAAAGUAGCGACGAGGAAAUCUCCUUGAGAGAGCUUCUGGAUGAACUGACUCUAAUAUUUUGUAAAGACCCCAAGGUCAAAAUCAAGCUGUUAUUUUACCCUGAUAUUGCAGAAGUAGAAGGGAUCUUUCUGAUGACCGCUACCAUGAAAAAUGUACUGCAACGUUUCCCAUCUGUGCUCUGCAUUGAAAAAACAAUGCCAAUUAAUAAUGACUUUUACCUGUACACUGCUGUUUGUGAAGAUGCUGACCAAAGAGGUCGAACCUGUGCAUACUUCAUCACUCGCAAGGAAAGCCAAACUCCCGUCAGAUUCAUGGUGGUGUCUUUAAUGCAAAGCAUUUCAGACUUUGUGAAACCCAUGAUCAAAAGCAUCGUGCUGCAUGCCACCUUCGAGGAACUUGAGUUGGUGCAGGGUCUCCUUCCAAAAAGAGAAGUGAUUAUGAGCCAAGCAUAUGCUCUUCAACUGUUAAAUACUAGGAUUGAAGAGGAAGAACAAUCUGUGCAAGUGAAUAUUAAGAACAUAGUUUGUGACCUUGUUCGUUCAAGCUCUGCUGAGAUAUACAAGCAAAAUCUUAAAGUGCUGAAAGCAGCAGCUAAUACUGCUUUUUUAGAUUUUUUUCUCAAUCAUUGGCACAUGCACAGAAAAAGAUGGGUGGCGUGUACGGGCCUGCCUGAACCACAUCGCAUUAGGUUUGAUAACCACUUCAGAAUAAAUCUGCAGUCUUUAGAGUCAGUCAAUCUAAGUACUUCAUUGGCUUGCAUUGUUAAUGGUCUUCUUAAACUUCAGAGUCUGAAGGCACUGACCUGCACUCUUGAUGAAAAUAAGAUCACUGAUUUUUACAAGAAACUAUGCCAUCCACCUGUCUUAAAGUUGCUACAAGAGGAGAUCACCAACACAAAAUAUGGGCACUAUGAUAUCAGUGAAUUCGAUGAUGGAUUUUUACUUAAUGAUGGUACAUGCUCAUUUGUAGUGGAAAAAUCUCUUUCACAAUGCAAUUGCUCCAUUUUUAAAGAAAGAGGAUUACCAUGUCGGCAUAUAUUUGCUGCACGCCUCUGGACUGGUGAAACAAUGCUGGAUGAUAAAUUAGUACAAGUAGAUACAGCUAAUAUACAAAAUUAACUUUAUAUUUUUUUUUUUUACAUUGUAAACCUACUUUCUCUAUAACUUUCAGCAGAUAUUGUAGUUAAGAAUUAGAUAUUGACGUCACGAGCUGGCCUCCAGUCUUGGUAUCUGUAAAAGAAAAGCAUUAGAACUGAAGAAAGUAUAGUAGACUUGUUUAAAUACACUAUGCAGGGUGUGCCUUCUGAAUAAAUUAUGUUAAGCUAUUUCUGACUUAACAUAUAUUGAAUUAAUCACAUCUUACUGUGUCUCAUCUGACUUGCUUAAAUGACUUUAAGGUAACCGCUAACAGAGACAUUAUUAAAUUACAUAAAUGUU